ACAGGGGAGUUUAUUUGCUUCUGUCUAGAGACAACAUGUCAAACUCAGCUGGUUUGAUUGCUUUGUAAAUGCUUAUUUAAGUCAUUGUCAAAUUGUUGUAGUUGUGUUUCUAUAAUGUGUUUUUAUCCUCUCUCCAUAAAGGUCUGUGAAGGAAGGGGAGGAUGCUGUCACCAUGACGACCCCAGUGUUGGUUUGACCUGAGUCCAGGUGUUUGGUUGGGAUGCUUCGACUCAGAGGAGCGACGCUCUGCCUCCGCAGGCUCCUCACCGGAGGAGCCGUGGACAGACACCAGGUCCUGGAGCAGCUGCGAGGCUGCUCCGCCGAGGACCAAGUGUUCGAUGUGGUGGGGAAGAACAAGGCCAAGCUCACAGUGGAUCACGUGAGCUGCGCUGUGGGGAUGCUGUGGCAGUUCCAGAAAGAGAAGCCUCAGCUGCUGAGGACUGUGGCGCUCACCAAGGCUCACCCAGAGUUCCUGACCCUCCGGGUCCUGGCUGAGAACAAAAUUGCUCUUAUGGACGAUCUGGUGUUGGUCGACGUGCUUUACGCUUUCCUCAGGCUGAAUGUGGAGGAACACGACUCUCUCAUUCAGCAGCUGGUUUCAGAAGCAUGGCUACGCUUAGAAAGAUUGCCAAUGGCAUCUCUGUCCAAGUUUGCUGUUUGUUUAAGUGAUCAGCACCUGCAACACAGCCCGCUAAUGGGCAAGAUCACCAACAUCAUGGCUCAGAAGUUAUCGUCUAUUGAUGACCCCAGGGUCUUGACUGCUCUGAUGACCAGCGUGUCCUCCAUGGUGUCUCCCCGGCUGCGAGACGCUCUCAUCAGCAGAGCAGAUCAUCUCCUGCUCACCAUGGGUCCCUCGAACUACAACAGCCCCCGCAGGAUGCUGCAGUUUCUGCGCAGCAUCAAGUACAUUCACAGACCUCUGCUGGAGAAGUGCCACGCGAUCCUCCUGCAUAACAUUCCCCGACUGGAUGCUGAGAAUAUCAGCCUCAUCCUGGGGCUGUAUCAAUCCCUGCAGUUCAAUAACUGUGACUUCAGGCUGGCCGCCAAGCGGAGGCUGAUUGAGCUCGUUGAUUCCUGCACGGAUCCUUAUUCAUUCACCAAACUGUUUGUGUCUCUGGCUCCCAUGGCCAGUCCGGAGAUCAGACAAGGGUUGGAGAAUACGGCCCUGCUGCUGGCGGAUGAGCUCAACGCGCAGCAGGCAGUGGCCAUAGCAGAGACUCUGGAGGAGAUUCAGAGCAGGAAUCUCAGCUUACUGAAUAAAGUUGCUUCCGUGAUCCAAAGAAACCUCUCUGUCUACAAGUCAAUGGAAGUGUCCCGAAUCGCUCAAGCCCUUCUGAUGUCUCAGUAUCAAAACCCCGAACUCUUCAACAAGCUCCGGGACAUUUUGAUCCAGUUUCUGCAGAAGAGCUUCCUCCCGUAUGAAGUGACCAUGCUGACCCGCGUGCUGUCGCUGCUGCCCAGCCCGCGGCUCGACGACGGCGUGGUCUCGCGGAUCGACGCCGUGGUGUCGCAGUGCAACCUGGGCGAGCUCAACACCAUCGCCUUCGCCGUCGCCAAGUGGGUGCGCAACGACACCUCGUACCGCCACAGCACCCCCAGCAAGUACGUCCGCCUGCUGCAGACGCUGACCCGCUGCGGCCAGGAGAGGCUGCGCACGGCGGACCAGCUGGACCUGCUGGUGGACGACAUCAAGUACAUCUCGGGCGAGUGGUUCGAGGAGAUGCUGCUGGAGGAGACGAUGGUGGCGCUGCAGAGGAUGGCACCCCAGCUGAACUGGACCAACGUGCCUGAUCUGGCCUUCUUCCUGACCAGGAUGAACUACCUGUGUCCUCCUCUGAUGGACCAUAUUGCCAAUGUGGCCAUUGAACAAACUGACAAGAUCCACUACUCAGAAACAUAUGCCACCCUGUUGCCCUUUUCUGUCCUGAACUAUGACCCCGUCAGGGCAGACGAGCUGUACGACGCUUGUAUAAAGUGCCUCACUCCUCAUAUCAGCUCCUUUGAUCCACAUCUGCUUGUCAUGUUGGCGUACUCCUUGGCUGUGGCCGACCGUUUUCCGGAAGAACUCGCCAGAGAGAUAUUCAGCAUCGACUUUCUAGGAAAACUGGAUUCCCAACUAGAAACUCUGCCUGAGGCCCUCAACAUGCGGACGCGACUGCGCCUCAUGCAGCUCAACCGAGCCGUGUGUCUGGAGUGUCCCGAGUUCCAGGUCCCCUGGUUUCAUGAGCGCUACUGCCAGCAGCUACAGAGGAGAGGGAACGGCCAGGUCACUCCUGUGCAACAGCAAAUCCACAAAAUGCUGGGUGAAGUUCUUGGUGGGAUCAAUUGUGUUCAAGUAGCAGUCGUCACACCGUAUUUUUACACCGUAGACUUUGAGUGCAAACUGGACAGACACCUGCAGCCGCUCUCCUACAGCGAGUCCAACACGCUGCAGAUGCUGGACAGAGGGAAGGCAGGCUGGGAUGUGAGCUCACCCGAAGGCGUCAGGGAUGAGCUGCCACCCGGCGCUCAGCGUGUUGCUGUAGAUUUCCUUGAUUCAAAAUCCUUCUGCAAAAAUUCUCACCACGUGAAAGGUGAAGUGCUGAUGAGGAAGAGACACCUGGAGAUUUUAGGAUACCGUGUAGUUCAGAUCCCUCAUUUUGAGUGGAACUCAAUGGAGCUGUCGACACAUGAUGCCUGGAAGGAUUACCUGAAGAAGAAAAUAUUAGGAUGAAAGACUGUAAAACAUAUCUGUUACAUCCAGCACUCGAGAGACUUGGGUUCUGAAGAAAGGACUUAAGAAAAGGGACUGAACAGAGCUGGAAGAAUGUGAAUCGCUUUUUAUCGAUCUUCUGUCGUUGGCAUAAAUCUACCUCGACUAUCUGAAGUGAGAGUGUAUAUUAUGUACUUUUUAAUAAAUUAUGUU